GUUUCUCUUGAAGUGAAUGACUAAAUGAAGCGCGUGGCGGUUGCUCUGAUAGCCAGAAAGUUUCGAGCCAAUGGUCUGAGGUUACCGCAGUUGCGUUCUCUUUCAACUUUUCGACCAGAUCUCGACUUCGAUUUCCUCCUUGACGAUGCCAAUCAAGAGGCUAUCAAGAAAAAUAUCGCCGAAAGAAAAGGCGUUGGGGACAUCGAUCUUGUACGAAGCAAAUGGACUGAGUUGCGGAAACUCAUUGACGCGCAGGACAAGCCGUCUCUUAGUGAAGAUACUCUAAAGAACAAGCCUUCUCUCAGUGAAGAUGCGCUAAAGAAAAUGUGGGAUGAUUUUUAUGAAGAAGCACUGAAAAUCCCUAAUAUGUCCAGUAAAGAGUCACCGAAAGGUCCAGAGGAGAAUGCUAAGGUCAUGCAAGCUUGGGGUGAGAAGCGUGAGGGAGAUUUCUUGACGGCAGAGAAACUAGUUCAGUCUUGGAGGUCCCUACUAUAUCCCGUAGAUGCAUGUGGCGAGAGAAGCUACGCAUUUGUCGGUGCUUUGGCAAAUCUCGAGAAGGUUGUUCUCGAUUACGUCUUCGACCGCGUCUGCGUUUUGGGUUUCAAACCCGUGUCGGUGCCGGAUCUCAUUUCGAAAGAAGUGACAGAAGCCUGUGGAGUUUCACAGAGGACACAAAAGGACAUACAGUAUUCCUUACAAGAUGAGCCUGACGUUGCUCUCUCAGGAACUGCAGAGAUGGGCAUAUCAGCUCUUCUACGGAACAAGACUUUUGCAGAAGAGCAGCUCCCGUUGAGGCUUGUGGCUCUAAGCAGAUGCUUCCGUCCUGAAGUGAGCAAUUCUGCUAGUGAAGCAAAGCUCUAUCGGGUCCAUGAAUUCACGAAGGUUGAAAUGUAUGUGAUGUGUACUCCAGAACAAAGUGAAUCAGAAUUGAAAUAUCUUGUAGAAAUCCAGAAAGGAACAUUUGAAUCUUUUGGUCUUCACUGCAGGCAAAUGGAGAUGCCAACAGAAGAACUGGGGGCGCCAGCAGCUCGUAAGAUUGACAUAGAGGCAUGGAUGCCAGGGCGGAAGAUUUACGGCGAAGUCUCAUCCGCUAGUAAUUGUACAGAUUACCAAGCAAGGAGGCUUGGAAUAAAAUACAAGACGAAUGACGGUGAAACAAAAUUUGUACACACUUGUAAUGGAACUGCCGUAGCGUCUACGCGAACGCUGAUAAGUAUUCUUGAGACGUUUCAGACGGAACGGAAGGGUCUUGAGGAGCUACCAGAAGUGAUAAGUAAGCGUCUGAAAACCCAGCGACCACCACCACUUAAAUUUCAACAAGCAAAACCCUUAUCUUAGAAGUAUAAUAAAUCGUAGUUUUAUUGAAAAAAAAA